AUGAAACCGAGACUCCUUCCUUCCUUUGCCAGCCUCCUCCUUGUGGCCCUGCUGUUUCCAGCAGGGUUGUCCAGUGCCUCAUCCGUUAACUACCAAGUCACUGAACCUCCCAGUUUCCCCAAGGAUGAAUUUCCUGCCCAAGGAGUGAAUGGGUCUCAGUUGUUGCAUCACAGAGUGAAACGCUUCCCUCCGCACACUGCUCCUUACCAUGAGCCUGACCCAAAUUACCGUAUUGUCAACUGCAAGAAAAGCGAAGGACACUGUCAAGAAUACUGUAACUUUAUGGAAACAUAG